AUGCAGGACUCCGCAGCUUCCGCCCGGCCACCAAUCAAGGUAACAGCCACAGUGGAGACCCACAUGGAGCUGGUCCCCAUCGCCCCUCGCACCCACCAGCUGAAUGCGCUGCUCCAGGCAGCCCCGUACAUGGGCCCUGAGGAGGAGGGCGACCUGCGUUCGACCCCGGCGCAGGGGCGGUGCACGCUGGCCGACCUGCUGUCGCACGUGCAGAUGAGCGAGGGGGAGCUGGCCGCCGCGCUGGCGCAGCGGGGCGCCCUGGAGCUGGACGGCAGGUGGUGCGCGCUGCACCCCUCCUACGCAGACACCGCGCUGCAGCUCAUCUUCCUCUGCGCCGGGGAGCGGGGCUGGGACCUGGGCGCGACUUUGCCCCGCGCCGACAUGCACGCUGCGCUGGAGCAGAGCGGCAUGGACCCCCGCGUGGCAGGCCACUGCCUCGAACGCUUUGGGCGGGCGGGGGUGGCGGGGGAGGACUGGGCGCUGGAUCCAAAGGAGGCGUGCCGGCAGGAGGCGCGGCGCCAGCUCAGCGAGCGGCCGACCUGGAGUUGUGGGGACUUUGAGGCGUCGCUGCGGCACGCGCUGCCAGAGAGCGUCCCCGCCGACCUCUCCUGCCUGGGUGGCAUUGCCGUGAUCGACGAGGCCUCUGCCACCCUCCAGUACCUGCCCCUGGACUCUCUCCCCGCCGACCCAGCAGGCCGCUUUGGCGCCCUAUUUGCCAUGAGGCCCAGGUGGCGACUGGAGGAGUUGGAGCCCUACCUCCAGGGCCUGGCGGACCCGGGCCAAUCCCUGGAGGGGCUGCUCCUCAAGUAUACACGAGCAAUCCAGGCCCAGCCCUCAUGCCCAGUGCUCUACGCCGCGCGGUGA